CCAGACCCCCCUCCCUGUCCCCAGCGCCAUCCUCACACACACAAAAGCUGGGAAUUAGCUGCCUUAGGGCAGCCGAGGCUUAGCCAGCUGCGGGCGGAAAAUCGGAAUAAAAUACCUUGGAGGGGAGGGGAGGGCAGGGAGGGAGGCGGCGGAGGAAGCAGCAGCCAUGGAAGAACACAAAUAACUGCCCUCCAUCCAUCCAUCCAUCCAUCCAUCCAUCCAUCCAUCCAUCCCUCCCUCUUUUCCCAACCGAAUCGCAAAGCGACGGAUGCCGUGCGAAAAGCCGACCUGGAUGCAUCCCCACAUUCCAUCUGCAUCCGGCUCCAGGGGCUGGACCUGCUGAGCGGUCUCCCAUCGGGAGGAAUGCCGAGGCGGGAUCCGGGCGGGAUCGGCUUUUGUUCGUCGCUGAGCACCGGCAGCGCCUGAGCCCUUCCCUGAGGGAUCUGCUGCCUCCAGCCCUUCCCUGAGCACCAUGGGAACCACGGAGGCCACGCUGCGGAUGGAGAACGUGGAUGUGAAGGAAGAAUGGCAGGACGAGGAUUUCCCCAGACCUCUCCCAGAAGAGACAGGGAUGGAGUCACUGGGAAGCCCUACGGAAGACGAGAACACGUCCUCUCCCCCCAAUACUUUAAACUUUAACGGGGCCCAUCGGAAGAGGAAGACACUCGUUGCACCCGAAAUCAACAUUUCCCUGGAUCAGAGUGAAGGCUCCAUCCUCUCUGAUGACUUCCUGGACACUCCAGAUGACCUGGAUAUUAAUGUGGAUGAUAUCGAAACACCUGACGAGACAGAUUCCCUGGAAUUCCUGGGGAAUGGGAACGAACUGGAAUGGGAAGAUGACACCCCCGUAGCCACGGCCAAGAACAUGCCUGGGGACAGUGCAGACCUGUUUGGGGACGGGGGCACGGAGGAUGGCAGUGCCACCAACGGGCGGCUCUGGAGGACCGUCAUCAUCGGGGAGCAGGAGCACAGGAUCGACCUCCAGAUGAUCAAACCCUACAUGAGAGUGGUGACACAUGGAGGGUACUACGGAGAAGGUCUCAAUGCCAUCAUUGUCUUUGCUGCCUGUUACCUCCCCGACAGCAACCUGGCUGAUUACCACUACAUCAUGGAAAACCUCUUCCUAUACGUGAUCAGCAGCCUGGAGCUGCUGGUGGCCGAGGAUUACAUGAUCGUGUACCUGAACGGAGCGACGCCCCGGCGGAGGAUGCCAGGCCUGGGCUGGCUGAAGAAAUGCUACCAGAUGAUCGACAGAAGGCUCCGUAAAAACCUCAAAGCCCUGAUCAUUGUGCACCCGUCGUGGUUCAUCCGGACGGUGCUGGCGAUAUCCAGACCCUUCAUCAGUGUGAAGUUCAUCAAUAAGAUCCAGUACGUGCACACCCUGGAGGAGCUGGAGCAGCUCAUCCCCAUGGAGCACGUGCAGAUCCCAGACUGCGUCCUACAAUUCGAAGAAGAGAGGAUCAAGGCCAGAAAAGAAAGGGCAGAGGAGAAACAAGACAUGGCUGAGAGGGAAAGCAGGCCUGUGCCUCCAGGAGAGGACCAAGAAACCAGCAUGUCCUGAAUGGAAGCAGGAGGUGGAUGGAUGGAGUGGAAGGACACAGCCUGGCAGCCACCCACGGCAAUGACCUUUUGGGACAAGACCUUGUCACCAUCUUAUUCCAAGUCCUGUAAGAUCCCAGAGCCUGCCUCCUCUGUCUCCAAGAUGCAAAGCUCUUUAACCUUUUUGGAAACAUUUUACCUUAAAAAAGAAAAAAAAAAAAGAAGAAGAAGAAGAACAACAACCAACCAACCAAAAAAACCACCCCACAAAACAAAGCAGGCCAAGAAAAGCACUUUUCAGGACAGGUUCCAGGGUGUUUCUGGAAUGGUCUGUGGAGAGCUGUGACACAGUGCAAAUACACACCUUGUAGUAAGUUAAAGAGCAUCCUCCAAUCCAUUAGUCCCCCAGCCCAGAAAGAGAUUUAUUUUGUUGUUUAAAUUAUAAACCCACCUUAACUCGCUGCUGGCCAGCGUGGAGAUGUUUUGCUUUAAUCUGCACCCCCAGGUUCCUCCAUGAGCAUCCCAGGGAGAGCCCAGGGAAUAACUAAGACAGGCAAUGAGAAGAGCUUUGCCCUCCUUUUUAUAGCCAGUGUGUGUUCCUGCCUGGAAAUACCAAGUGCCCACCGGGCUCGGCACCAGCUCCAGCCUUGGCUGUCUCGGUGAAGUCGUUGCCAGCCCCUCAGUUCUGUAAAUGCCACACUGUUGUUAUUGUUGUUGUUGUUGGGUUUUUUUUUUCCCUGAUUUGUUCCAUUCAGGUGUGUAAGGCACUCUGGGAGCUCUGAAGGAGCUUCCCCUGGCGUGGCAGCCUCCACAGAACCUUCCUGUGAGCAGCCCCAAAAGCUCUGGGUUCAGGAGGGGCCUUACGGACAGGAACGUUCUCCUUGCCUUUGUUGUCACCACACUGGACAAUCACUCGCUGUCAGACACCUCCCACUGCGGAGAAAAGCUGCUAAAACAUUGGAAGUUUCCUCUCCUGAGGGCCCUCAUCCAUCAGCAUUCCUGCCUGGAAUAUCCCCCCUUCCCUGGACGAUGCAGGGCACGGGACUGGGCUGAGUGUCCGGAGCCGAGAGGUGAAGGCGUCGACAUCGACUCUGGGAAUUUGGAUCUGCGGCUCGUGAGGAUCCUCUGGAGCAAAGGAGGGGAAAAGCAAAUUAAGGAACAACCAUCCAGUCAAAAUCAUUUGGAAGUUACUUCAGCAGACCCAGGUUACGUCCCCAUCCCUGGAAGUGUCCAAAGCCAGCUUGGAGCAGCCUGGGAUAGUGGGAGGUGUCCCUGCCCAUGGCAGGGGGUGGCACUGGAUGAGCUUUAAGUCCCUUCCAACCCAACCCAAAAUCCCAUUCUGGGACUCUGGGAUCAGGUAAAACCCCUCCCAGACACCUGCAGAUGGAGAAUGACCUGCCUGUUGCACCACUUCAAGAAGAUUUCCAGGAGAAUUCUGGCCAAGCAAGAUUUCCCUCAAGGCAGGGACGGCUCCCCCUGGAUACACAAAGCUGCUCUUUUUUUUCCCUUUUAGUGAGUAAAACCACCCUGGGUGAGAUCUUUAUUUCCCUGGAUGCUACAAAGAAGCACCAAAUAUUCCCUUCUCAAGGUUAGUUCUCCUUUGAGACCUGUUCUCCUGCACUUCAGUCGUGGAUGUAUCUGCUGCCCAGACCUUUGCAUGAAAAGCAGAACACCCACAACAUCCACCCAGGCUGGGUGAAGAUGGAAAAAACCCUCCCCAUUCCAUCUCACUGGCAUGUUAAUAACGAGCACCAACCAAGCAUCGAGCUCCACAGCUUUCUAGAAAUAUCAUUAUAAAUUUAUUUAUUAUUAUUAUUAUUAUUUAUUAUUAUUGACAAAGGAUUUCAAGGCCCUGGAUCCUCAGCAAUGUGAUUUUUUGGGUUGUUUUCUCUCCUUCCAAAGACACUCUGCCUCCACUGUCAGGAAAAAUGAGAUUAGCAGGAUGUGAACAUGAAACUUCAUAUUUUUUUCCGAGUAGUUCCUUCAGGAAAAGGGAAUUUCAGCCGUGGAAAAGGCCAGAUCACCAAUUUCACCCCCAGAUCCCACCUCAGUCAGUUCUUUCAAUCCACAAAAGUCAAUUUAGAAGUUCUUUGAGCCAAUUUUUUUUCCCAAGAAGUGCACUUUCUGAGGGAGUGGCAUGCACUGUAUUUUCAUUUUUAACAGGAUUUUAUGAGUGUAUAAAGAUUUAUGUUCCUGGAUGGAUGGAUUGAUGGAUGGAUGGAUGGAUGGAUGGAUGGAUGGAUGGAUGGAUGAUGUUAAUGUGUCUCUUCGACUUAGAGAAGAACCUGCAGUCCAUAAAGGAUAAAUCAGAGCUAAAUGUAAAAACAAAUUUAAAAAAUAAUUCACUUCUUUCACACACUGAUUUUAGGUGUUGCUUGCCUAAAAAAAAAGCUACAAAUUCCCAGAUAGAAACCCACAAAGUUGUCAUUGUCCCUCUUCCCAAACACAAAGUGACAAAAAUCAGCUGGGUGUGGCUAAACCUGAAUUUUUGCUGCAUUUCCAUCACAGCUUUGUGUGUGUGUAUAUAUAUAUAUAUUUAAAAACAUAAAAUUGAUAAUUAAAUCAACUUUAUCAACACUGCUGGACCCACCAGCCUUGUUCCUGCCUCAUAAAACCACCUCUGGAGGAUCAACAUUUGGACUUCAUAUCGUGUGAAAAACACUUUCUGCUCUCGGAUUCCGCCUUCCUGAGGAGUUUUUUUUCCAUGGAAAGUCACAUUUCAGCUGCUGGAGGAGUUGUUUUACCCUCACCAAAAGCUGGGCUGUCCUCCUCGUGGUGUCAUUGAAGGGUUGGAUUUCAUCUCCCACAACCUGAACGUCAAAUCAAAUCGAAUCAAAUCAAAUCAUAUCAAAUCAAAUCAAAUCAAAUCAAAUCAAAUCUCUUCCUGUGCAGUUGAUUCCAGGCCGGGAAUGCCCUUCCCAUCUCCUCGAGGUUGCCACAGGAUUUGUCCCCAAGGCCCCCUCUCAGAUCCAGACAGCUCGAACAACUCUUGGGGUUUUUUUUGGUGGUUUCUUUUUAUUGGUUUUGUUUUUUUUUUUAUGGAGAAUCCUCCAGGAUUUUGGGCCUGUCCACCAAGUUUCAUCCCAGAUCACGAGGAAGGCCCAGGAAUAUUCCUGUAUAUUCCAGCUGGACCUGCUCCAAGUUUUCCUGCACAAUACCUCGGAAAUGUGAGUGGGUAUUUCGAGGCUUCCCUCGUGGCAGUUUUUUUUCCACCUAAAUUUUCUUUUUUAAGACAAUUUGCAAACUCCUGGAAUGAGAGACCCCCUGGUGGGAAAGGUUUGAAUGGCAACAAAUCUUCUUUUUUUUUUUUUUUUGGAAGCUCUAGGGAUUAAAAAAACCACAGGAGUGAGGGAGGGAAAGGCUGGUGACAACAAGCUGCCAGGAGGGUGAAAAGAGGACAGAAAAAUGGCUCUAAACACAAAAGCACAUGUUUUCUCUUUUGUAUUUCCUUAUUUCCUGGCAGGCAGAAAUACAGCAUGUUCCUGGUAAAGUGAAUUUUCCAACUCACCGUGACAAGAAACCACAAUUUCAGGGUUUUUUUUUUUGUUACACUUUAGUUUGUUUUUUUUUUCCUUUCAACCCAAACCAACCUGUAAAAAACAAACAAACAAACGACAAAAAACCGUGUGAAAUGUCAUUUUUCUACAGUGUUUGUAAUUAGGUGGUUGGUGGUAGCAGACCUAGAUCUCUGUUCAAUAUGUAUUCAGGUUUUUGCUUUGUAUUAUUCCAUAAAAAUCUGUGGAUAUUCAAUUAAAAUGAGACUAAUCCUUCAGCAAAAA